AUGAAUUCUUCAGAUUUAACCAACAGCACAUCAAUUCCGACAGCGGCAACGGCUGAAACCUGUCGUAUUUGGAAAGAAGAAUAUCACAAGGAAAACUACGUCUUUACGCUAGCAGCCGUCAUCCUCAACAUAGUGACUUGUCCAAUGACCGUCUGUGUGAAUCUUCUGGUGAUAGUUGCUGUAAAAACAAAGCCCAGACUUCAGACCAUUUACAACUUGCUGUUGUGUGCCUUGGCAGCGACUGAUAUGGUGGUAGGAGCUGUGAUACAACCGAGUUAUGUCGUGGGGGAAAUGUCGUUGUUAACAGGUUCCUCACUAACUGAAUAUUGUACUCAGUAUACCAGAAUAGCACUCCUUUUUCUCAGCCCUUGUAUCGCAUCACUAUUGCUACUAGCAUUGCUGAGCAUAGAGCGUUAUUUGGCAAUGAAAUAUUCCUUACGAUACACAGAUAUCAUAACCAAGGGUCGGGUAGCCACGGCUGUUAUUACCUGCUGGGUCAUUGCUGUUCUUCCUCCGGUUUUCCUAUAUUCAUCCACACUCCCUCUUCUGCCGUUGAUAAUAGCUGUUUUCAUAGCGAGUGGGAGCCUUAUAGUGAUUUUUUACUGUCACAUUUCUGUCUAUUUUGUUACCCGACGUCACAUGAUAAGAAUCAAAUCUGAGCAAGUUUCCCGUGAUUCAAAGAAGAAAUUCUUAGAGGAGAAGAAAGCUGCGAUAACUACUAGCAUCGUCGUUGGGUUUGUGCUAUUUUCCUUCCUACCAUCAUUGGUGUAUAGAGCUUUGCGCCCACUUCCUCUUGACAAUUAUUCUAUAAAUCUGUUUAUUAGUUUUAAACCCGUUUUACUAUCUUCUGUCUUGAUUAACUCGCUGUGCAACCCUAUUAUUUACUGCUGGCGAAGCUCAGUUCUUCGGAAAGCGUUCUUUGAGCUACUUGGAAGAAAGAAUUCUGGAUAA